GCAACUGUUCUGAAGCACAAUAUCCCACUUGCCUGUCAGCUCUGGUAGAGGCAUGAUGCAAGUGCUGUUCAUUGCAUGCAUACUGGCUGUUGCCAGUGCUGUUCCAACAAUUUCUCCUUGCAUGACAGGCAAGAAGACGACAUACCAGUAUGUUGCGACUGCAGCACAUGGUGUCGUAGGAACACCAAUUGAUAAGGUUGCCCUAACCUUUAAGUUCACGAUUGAUGUUACUGUUUCUGAUGAGUCGCCAAAAGCCGAGUUGAAGAUUGUGGAGACUGACAUCAUGCCUGCUUCACAACCUAGCCUUGCUGGCAAGAAGUAUAAGCUGAUGCAGGAUUUGCAGCAAUACACAUUGCCAUUUGAGCUUAAAGAUGGUCGUGUUGGCAAACUGUUUCCUCAUCCUGACGAGCGGGAGGAAAUUCUUAACAUCAAGCGUGGUGUUGUCAGCAUGCUCCAAGUGGAAGUUGCCGAGAGUAGUGGCAAACGGAUUAUUGAGGAGACUGAUGUUCUCGGAAUUUGUAUGACCGAGGUUGUCCAGUCCUCUUUGGAUGAUAAGACCAUCAUAUUGAAAAAACGAGACUCAUUGAAAUGCAUGGAUCGCGGUCCCCUUUACACAACUAUGGACACCACAAUGAAUCAGGAAGGGCAGUUUGUGCCUGGAUAUACAACUGCCAUGUUCAAGCUUAAUUCUGAUCGUGAUAUUGUCUAUGCUGAAGUUGCUCAGAAGGAGAUGAUUAGGCCUCUCAGCACCGACUCUGAACAAGUUGUAUGCAGAAUGAGACAAACUCUUGAGCUAGUAAAGACAUCUUCUGUUGACGUAUGUGCCGACAAAUCUGCCUGGAUACGCCGCACAGAGAGGAGUCUAAUGUUUAAUUACUCUCGUUCGGUACGUCCAGAAGACAGCUCUAGUGUUGAGGAUGUCAAAAUGAGAAUUGAGAACAUGCCAGAGUUGCAUGCACAAGAUAUACCUGAGGCUUUUCUGGAGUUAAUUCAGAAAAUGCGUGGCUUGAACAGAGACGAAUUUCAAAUGCUGAAUGAAACGUAUGCAAAGUACAAGAAAGUGGAUGCUCCAAGCUCAGACAUGAAAGCUGCCAAACUUGCCAGGGAUGCAAUGGCAAAACACUCCUUCUUCUUGGAUGCAUUGGCCUAUGUUGGUACCGAAUCAUCUCUUGACCUAAUUGUUGAUCUAGCAAGUGGCGAUGGGGGAUGGUUCCUCAACUUUACCCGAAAAGUAGAACUGACAUGGAGCAUGGCUGCUAUUCCUGUUCACUCUUUGAGUCCUUGCAAAGUUCUUAACUACAGCCUUGAACUUGCUAAACUUAACAAAACCUAUCAGGUUCCCACCCUAGUUCUUGGAUCAGUCCUAAACAAGGUUUUGGCAAUGUACAACUACACGUGUGAAAAUGACGUAUCUGAAGCUACUGAGUUUCUACUUGAGAAAUUGCAAGAAAACAUUAAAGAGAUUCCUGAAAAGUUUAACUUGCAGUCCAGGAAGACUAAAGAGAUCAAGAAGUACUGGGAACGUGUUGUACACACAAUCAAGGCACUAGGCAAUUCAGGAGUGAGCAAAACUAUCAAGGCAGUACGUGAUGUACUUGAGAAGAAGAUGCUGCAGACAGAAGCUCGCACAGCUGCUGUCUAUGCACUCAAACGUGUUGCACGCAAACAUCCUCUUGAGGUUCUUGAUAUUGUCAUGAAAGUUUUUCGCGAUAAAUCAGAAAAUGAAGAAGUACGCAUUGCUGCAUUCACCAUUGCCAUGGAAAUGUUACAUAGUGUCCACAUCCACAUUGCGCACAAAACUCUGAGGCAAUUUGUAAUGGAGCUGAUAAGAGAGCCCAACCCUUAUGUCAAGAGCUAUGCCUGUUCAUAUUUCACAGCUGUUGAGAAGACACCUGAUCCUUCAUUGCUUGAAUUGCGUACUAUUGUUUUGGUGUAUGCCAAGCCUAAUGGACUUCUUCGCAACUGUGCUGUAGAAGACAAAGGAUAUUCUUCUUCCAGGGCUGACUUCGGUUAUGCGUCUCUAGCUGAUGCUCCUUUACCUAAAUCUAUACCACAAGACGUUAUGGGGAUUGGCUUCUCUUCAGGCAUUCUAUUUGCUCCACCUGUCAGUCCUAUGGCACCUUCCAACUGGCUUCCACAAUCUGCCAGCUUGAAAUUGCACGCACGUGCAUUUGGCUAUGAAACUGAUUUGUUGGAGUUUGGUGGUCGUGCAAUGGGACUUGAGAGGCUCAUUCAACAGUUGUUUGGUCCUACUGGCUAUUUGAGAAAAGGAACACGCAAGAUGGACGUUAGCGGCUUGCUAAGAGAUCCUAGUUUCAUUGUUGACAUUCCACAAGAGAAUAUCAGUGCCUCUGGAUUUGUCAAAGUUCUUGGUAAUGAAAUCGCCUGGAACCACAUAGAGCAGGAUGAGAUAAUGAGACUACUGUACAGCAAGAGUCCUGCACUAUAUGCAUUGCGUGACACAGUUACCAAGGCUACCUUCGACAAAUUUGACUUCUCUAAACUUAGAGAAAUUGUCUACAAGAGUUUAGAUUAUGUUCGCUAUCUAACCGAAGGGAAACUGCCACUUUACCAUGGCAAGAUAAAUGUAACAAAGACAGUGAGAGUUGUUGAUGCCAAACGCAGCAUUGCAACUAUUAUGGGCCUUCCUCUCAAUGUUACAAUUUCUGCUGCUGGUCACAUGAAGCUUGAUGCUGAGGGUGAAGUUUGUUACAAGAAUGAUGCACCAAUCAAAUCACUAUGGAGUGACAACUGUGAAGACAGAAUAGAAGCUAUUGGACAAAUUCAUCCUAGGUUUUCUUUGCUUUCCAAAGUUGAGGUUGUACUAGAUGCAUAUGAGAUACAAUCUAAACUAGUCUUCCGUGGCAACGUUUCCUCUGAUUUCAAACAGAGCGUCAAGGCUGUUUUGUAUAGUAACUAUACUGCUAACGUUCACCUGGAAGAAAUGCCAGAAGACGAAACCAUGCUAUUGAAUGCAUCGUACAUUCAGUAUACUGAGACUGAAGGCAUUGUGGAGAUGAUUGGAAUAGAGAAGAGAAACAAUACUGAGAUCUAUGAGCCCAUCAGUGGAGCUGGACUGACUCUGUUGACAAAUCUCAGUUAUCCCAACAGCACUGGCAUUCCUUUUGCUCCAUGGUUUCCACUGUCUGGCCCAGCUAAUCUGACUGUGUUUGUCAGAAAGACCUCACCAUUACUAAAAGGCUUGAACCUUACUUUUUGGAACGAGACUCUGCUGAGCUUUGAUCAUGGCUACAUCAACUUUAGCAUUGAUGCAAUGGGAAUUGGACGUAAGCUGAAUGCUUCGGUUAUCUGGAUGAAUGACUCUGAGAAGACUUGCUUCAUCAAUGCAACCAUUAAAAGCUUGCCAGCCAAUUUUACUGCACUUAUCAACACUAGUUCACGCUUCGGUAGAUGGUUAAACAUGACCAGCAUCAUGUCGCUGAACACCACCAUUUCAAACACAACGGGAGUCACUAUCUGGAACUCAAGCUACAUUCAUUUUAAUGUUUCCCGAGUUCGUCAUACUGAAGACAACUCGACAGCCCUGCUGAAAGAGCCUGAAUUCAAUCUUACCAUGAACGCCUCACUGUAUAAUAGCACACAUGGCAACAUGUCAGCAAUGUUGUUCUUGGAAGGCAGCGACAAGCCACAGUGGUUGAGGUCUAACUUUACGAUCAGAGGGUUGAUGGUCAACAUUACAGCUGAUUCGAGUCAAUUUGACAGACUGGAGAUGGGCUACAUUUUGCCAUUGCCAUUGAAAACACCUGUGUGUCACGUUUUCAAUGGACACUUCAUUACAUUUGAUUCAAUGAAAUUUGAACAUGGGUUGAGUGAUGAGUGCGAGCACAUUUUGGCUCGACAUCGCCAUCCCAAUGACACGUUUGCAGUCACAAUUCAAAAUAGAGACGUCCAUGUGUAUAUCAAUCGCACCAAAUACACACUGACACCCGAAGGCACCAACCUCAAAGUUAAUGGUAAAUUUGUUGAAAGUCCACUUCCUUAUCGUGUGAAGCAUGUUAUGAACAUCACAAAGAUCAAGCAAAAUAACCAGCAGUACAUUCGCCUGACUGCUUGGGCUGGAGUAGACAUAUUUUACAACAAUGGUGACAUCCAAUUGAGCAUCAAUGGAUUCUACAUGAACCAAACAGCUGGACUAUGUGGCAAUGCCAACUAUAAUGGCACAGUUGUUGAUGAGAGGAGGAAACCCGAUUUUGAGUUGGCACCAUCUGUUUUUGAAUUUGUCCAGGCUUGGGGCGUGGGCAAAAAACAGUGUGAGUCAAAAACGAAGGUCACCCCUGAAGUUACACCUGAUGCGGUGAAGGAGUGCAGUUCGUACUUCUUUAAUAUCCUAUCUGAAGGUCACACUGAUGUUGACCCGAUUCCGUUUUACAAAGCUUGUCUACAUGAUGUUUCACGCCAAGGCAGUCCUCUGCAGAGUGUCAGGGCUUAUGUCAUGGCUGCUCACAGUGUGUCUGUCGACCUAGAUGGUUGUUCGUAUGAUGACUGGUCAGACUGGAGUGAAUGCAAACUUGAGGAUGGCAAGUGGCUGCGUUCCCGAAGCAGAAAAGUCUUACCUGUCAACAUUCUAAAGAAUGUGUGUCCUCUUUCCGAGGAAAAACAGGAGUGUGUCAAUGACUUGUGUGAAGAGUCCAAAGAGCACAUUAUUACAGUCUUUCACAACAAAGUGUGCAAGUCAACUCGCCGGUAUCCAAUCUGCAGAAAAGACACCCAGUGCAAACCUGAGAAGGCACCGGCUGCAAGAGAAGAAGAGUUCAAAUGCGUGCAAGAUGGAGAGUCAUUGCAUAAGCUUGAUAACGCAUCACCUGUUCUUCUCUCAUUUACUCCUACUGUCGGGUGUCAGAAACAACCAUGAAGAUUUGUUGUACUCUGACUAUAGACUGCAGCUGAUUUUGAGACUUAAUUUUUUGUUUAAGCAGAUCACAAAUUGCAUUUGUGAUGAGUCUACUAGUAAUUGUAGCGUGGCAAUGAUAGCAAUAGAAUCAUGAAGCAUCUGA